AUGCUGGCGGUGGGUUGCGCUCGCAGACGCCGAACGCUCGCACUCAAGAUCCUAAUGGUAAGCGAACAUUGGUCAAUCAUGGAGACAAGCAUGAUCGUGAGUCAGGUAGAGAGACUCCUUGUGAGACAUGGCGUUGGCUGUGUUACGGCUGUGCUUGGACGCAUCGAGCUGGGCCGUGCCCGCUGUUCGUUUCCCCAGAUUUGGCACCACAGCACUCAACACCAACAUCAGCCAUCUCCAGCUCUAAUACCGGUACUUCUCGAUCGCCUUCGCUAG